UUGGUUUUCUCUGCACAGCACCAUUCUGUCCUUCGCUUCUACCCCGGAUCCUAUGUGCGCACGUGCCAGUGACACCGGUUUUUUCUCUUCCGACUACUUCACUGAGUCUGCGUGAAUGAAAGAUGUUUGCUCAGCUCCGGAGCUUCUCACCGGGCCGACCUUCCACCUGAAUGGGACUCUCACCGCGACUCUCCCGCUGAUCUUCUGCGCCUCUGCCGCUCCUGGCUGCGCCUCUGCCGCAUCCUUGUGAUCCUUCAGCGCCGCUCAGCAGUUUGUGGAUGGUUCUUUGUGGUUUGAUGAGCAGCCCGCUGGUUUGAUCGACAGAAGAGCGACGCCGCCAGGUCUCCUACAUCUUCAGGGCAUUGGCGAUGGGGGGGUCCAAAAGUAAGCCCAAGGAUGUAGGCCAGCGAACACGCAGUCUCGAUGGCAACUUCAGCGCUGGGGGAGGGGCCGGCGGUCACCAUCACAACUCUGCUCAGCAGUCCCUAACACCCAACCGAAGCCCCACAGUGGACAGGGGUCUCAGUAACAAUCAGUCUCUGGCUAAUAAUGCAGAACUGGCUCUGUUUGGAGGCGUGGACAACAACGCUGUAACGUCCUCCAACAGCAUGACUCUGGCAGGUGGCGUGACGACAUUCGUGGCGUUGUAUGACUAUGAGUCUCGAACAGCGUCUGAUUUGUCUUUCAGGAAGGGCGAACGCCUGCAGAUAGUAAACAAUACGAGGAAGGUGAACUGCAGAGAAGGGGAUUGGUGGCUGGCACGCUCCCUGACCACCGGAGAGAGCGGUUACAUCCCCAGCAAUUAUGUGGCUCCAUCUGACUCCAUCCAGGCAGAAGAUGAUCUCAAACUGACUCUAGAGUCCAGGUGGUACUUUGGUAAAAUAACACGGCGUGAUUCUGAGAGGCUUCUGCUAAGUUUAGAGAACAGAAGGGGAACCUUCCUGAUCAGAGAGAGUGAGACCACCAAAGGUGCCUACUGUCUGUCUGUUCUGGACUACGACAACACCAAAGGGCUCAACGUGAAGCACUAUAAGAUUAGGAAGCUGGACAGCGGCGGCUUCUACAUCACAUCCCGCACACAGUUUGGUACCCUGCAGCAGCUGGUCAAUCAUUACCGCAAGCAUGCUGACGGACUGUGUCACAGUCUGACCGAUAUCUGUCCUGUACUGAAGCCGCAGACUCAAGGCUUAUCCAAGGAUGCCUGGGAGAUCCCACGAGAGUCGCUCCGUCUAGACCUCAAGUUGGGACAGGGCUGCUUCGGCGAGGUCUGGAUGGGAACGUGGAACGGUACGACCCGGGUGGCAAUCAAGACCCUGAAGCCCGGCACCAUGUCCCCUGAGGCCUUCCUGCAGGAAGCUCAGGUCAUGAAGAAGCUCAGGCAUGAGAAACUGGUUCAGCUUUACGCUGUGGUGUCUGAGGAACCCAUCUACAUCGUCACAGAGUACAUGGGCCAAGGGAGCUUACUGGAUUUUCUGAAGGGGGACAUGGGGAAGAUGCUCCGCCUCCCUCAGCUGGUGGACAUGGCCUCACAGAUUGCUUCAGGGAUGGCCUACGUGGAAAGGAUGAACUACGUGCACAGAGACCUUCGUGCUGCCAACAUCCUAGUGGGAGAUAACCUGGUCUGUAAAGUUGCAGAUUUUGGUCUGGCUCGCCUCAUCGAGGAUAACGAAUAUACUGCCAGACAAGGCGCUAAGUUUCCCAUCAAAUGGACAGCUCCCGAGGCGGCUCUCUACGGCCGCUUCACCAUUAAAUCUGAUGUCUGGUCAUUUGGGAUCCUGCUGACUGAACUGGCCACCAAAGGCCGAGUUCCCUACCCAGGUAUGGUGAACCGGGAGGUGCUGGACCAGGUGGAGCGUGGUUACAGGAUGCCGUGCCCAGCAGAGUGUCCUGAAUCCCUCCAUGAGCUGAUGCUGACCUGCUGGAGGAAAGAACCUGAGGAGAGGCCCACCUUUGAGUACCUGCAGGGAUUCCUGGAGGAUUACUUCACCUCUACAGAACCUCAGUACCAGCCAGGAGAGAACCUGUAAUUGCUGCUGUGCAGAUCACGGAUAUGCAGAACAGGCUGGCUGCUUUAAAGUGCACGGCCGUAUUCGCCUGUGUGACCACAUAAUUCUGGAUACAAUCAGAAAAAAAGAUCGUCCAUCCAGUUUUUCCAAAUUCUCUUUCCUUCAGCAUGUUUGUUCUGUCUGACAGCGAGUCGCCGUUUCCUUCCUUUUCUUUUUACACACUUUCAUCCAUCAAAUCAACAGCAAACCGGUCGGACCACUCUCCCCUGUGCUAAGAACAGGCUGAACAUUCCUGAUGCAGGUUUCCAGACCCAGCUCCGAGAUCUCCACACCCAGCUCUGAGAUCUCCACACCCAGCUCUGAGAUCUCCACACCCAGCUCUGAGAUCUCCACACCCAGCUCUGAGAUCUCCACACCCAGCUCUGAGAUCUCCACACCCAGCUCUGAGAUCUCCACACCCAGCUCUGAGAUCUCCACACCCAGAUCUGAGAUCUCCACACCCAGAUCUGAGAUCUCCACACCCAGAUCUGAGAUCUCCACACCCAGAUCUGAACAUGACAUCAGACCAGGACCCAGAACUGAACAUGACCUUGGACUGAGACCUAGAACUGAACAGACCAGGACCCAGAACUGAAUGUGACCUUGGACUGAGACCCAGAACUGAACAGACCAGGACCCAGAACUAAAUGUAACAUCAGACCGGGACCCAGAACUGAACGUGACCUUGGACUGAGACCCAGAACUGAACAGACCAGGACCCAGAACUAAAGGUAACAUCAGACCGGGAUUUAGAACUGAAUGUGACUUGGUACCGGGACUCAGAACUGAACAUGAUGUUGGACUGAGACCUAGAACUGAACAUGACAUCAGACCGGGACCCACACCUGAACAUGACCAGCUACCAGGACCCAGAACUAAACAGGACAUCAGACACAGAACUGAACAUGACCUCGUACUGGGACCCAGAACUGGAUCCAUCUCUUCCUGCUGAAAACACCACCGGAUGUUUUUACAGGAUCUUAUGUGAAAAACUAAAUCUGUCUUCCACUUCGAGACUUUAGGAGACUUGAUCUGGAACAGUGGUUUCUGAUGACGUUUAUUAUUCUGGUUGAACUGGGACUGUGUAGUUUGACCAGAAGGACUUGUUCCAAUCACCAGCCAGUUAAAUUGGUUUAUUGCUGUAACAUCCAGAGAGCCGAUGGUCUGUCUCCAUUUUCUAAUCCUGACUUCUUGUUAUUUUAUUAGGACAAAUAGCUACUGAUGGGUAAAGGUCAUCUCAGGAUGGGGAGGAUGGGGCAUUUUCUGUUCUUCAGCUGUGCUAUAUUAUAGAUUUUAAUGUUUUUAUUUGAACAAACGUUGACCAGCUUUGGGUUUUCUCUGUUCAGAGAUUCUGCACCUGUGGACCGAACUAACUGGAUCAUCAGGAUGUUUUUAUGUGCCACUUCAGGUUAAAUUUUCUCUUUUCAGCACCGACCUCCAUUAAAAUGGAGACUCUAUUUCUUUAAUUAGUGCAUCUUUGAGCACAACGUUAACACUGGAAAUUUAUUUUUAGUUUUUAAAUUAGAAAAGUGAGCUGAGUGUGAUUAUUGCUCCUGGCCUGCAGGAGGCCGAUUGCAAAACAUUACCAUCACUUCACACUAUAAACAUGUACAGCUAAUAAAUCGGCAUUUUGAAAUUCAAUUGUAAAUACUUUUAGUGCUAAUGUUUGUAUAUAUCAUCAUCAUUAUAAUUUAUUCCUUUUAAAUAACCCAUUUGUUCAUUUUUCUUUCAGCUGUUCAGAUUUUUAUGGCACUUUUUUGGGUUAACAUCUGACAUCUAAAAAAUGUUCCAUAAGCACAGUUUUUAGUACCAUGUUGAUGUGUAUAUUUCAUCACCCAGGACCAGAACAUUCAGAUUAGAUGACACCCUGUGUGGUUGUGAUGGUAUGUAAAUGAGGGGAGCUUGUGUGGCGUUGUCAUGGUGACGACAGGUGAAAGGUGUUUCGUAGAUAUCAGCCAACCUGACAUCAUCCCAUUUCCUGCUCUCAUUGAAUGUUUAUGAGCACAGAUAUGGUUGAAGUGCAUGUUAAAGUUCAUAUUGGAAUGCGUCCGAGCUUUUCAGCUCAGGCCGUUUCUUUUGGGCUUCUUUAGGUCUCCUUUCUAUGCAGAUGUUUUUAUAUCUGUUUUAAUCCUAUAUAGAGACUUUUUCUACCAUAUUCAAUGAGUAUUUUCACAUGAAAAAUUCUUUGUUAAAUUUUCUGAAUAUUGUUCAAAUCUGAAAGGUAAAUUUGAAUAAAAUUUGUAUACUUG